AUGGCCUCCCAACUACUCCCGCUGGAGCUCAUUGACAAGUGUGUCGGCUCUCGAAUCUGGGUCGUUAUGAAGGGCGAUAAGGAGUUCUCCGGCACCCUCCUUGGCUUUGAUGACUACGUCAACAUGGUUCUGGAAGAUGUCACUGAAUUCGACUACACCGGAGCUCAGACUAAGCUGCCCAAACUUUUACUGAACGGAAACAACAUUUGCAUGUUGAUUCCCGGUGGAGAGGGCCCAUCAUCUAGCUAA